GAUGUGCUGUCAGAUUAGUGACAACUGGACUAGAUGGAAAGAAAAAUGUUCACCAUAUUUGUAAAUGUUUUGAAAUAGUUCGUAAACUAAGAGAUAACCCUGAUAUGAGUGAUCGUGUAUAAAGUGAUAUGUGCAAGUAAAUGAUAUUUACUUUUAGAGACACACGUCAACAAAACGAUUGGAAAGCAGCAGAGCUCCAUAAGCAUCUAGCUGUUUGUCAAUAUCAAGAGCCAAUUAAUUAUUUAAAAAGGGGGUCUUGACUCUAUUAAUAUCGUUACGGGAAUUCAUUUAUUAUCUGCAACGGAGUUUAGCUCCUCGGAUGCCUCUAGCGCGACGUUGUGCCGAAAAUAUGCGGGAUAAUGUGAGUGAUUAAACCUGUGCUUAAACUGUAAACAAAGACUUUCCAAUUGAAUUCAGUGCGUCCCGAAAAGUGCAAUAUACUAAAACAGAAUGACUACAAUAACAAUGGAAGAAUACGAACUCAUGAAAGACUCCAAAUAUCGCAUGUAUGUGGCUGCAGUUGAUAAAGCUCUGAAGAACUUCGAGUACACUUCUGAGUGGGCUGACCUUAUUUCAGCCUUAGGAAAACUGAAUAAGGUCUUGUUAAGCUACACAAAGUACCCAGUGAUUCCUAGAAGGAUAAAGAUCAGUAAAAGAUUGGCCCAAUGUAUGCACCCAGCGCUGCCUUCAGGAGUUCACCUGAAGGCCCUCGAAACUUAUGAUAUAAUUUUUAGAUGCAUGGGAACCAAUCGUCUAGCUUACGAGUUGUUUAUUUACAGUUCAGGUUUAUUUCCUCUUAUGAGCCAUGCUGCCAUGAAUAUACGUCCAGCAUUGUUGACCAUAUACGAGACCCAUUUCGUUCCAUUAGGAGAUCGGCUAAGGCCGGCUUUAAGUGGAUUUCUUAGUGGGAUUCUUCCGGGGUUGGAUACAGGAACCGACCACUUUGAUAGAACUAACAAAUUAUUAGAAGACGUUUGUGAUGGGGUGGGACCGCCCUAUUUCUAUACCUGCAUAUGGCAAUGUGUGGCAAAUAACAGUCCUGUAAGAUUGCCGGCGGUUACCUACGUUUUCGCUCAUUAUAGUCGAAAGUUGCCCAUGGAGGACCAACUCUAUUUAAUGGGACAUGAUAUUGGAUUAAUGGUGUCAGGUUUAUGUGCAGCAGUUCAAGAUUCGAGCGUGCUGGUACAAAGGUCCGCUUUAGACCUGCUGAUGGUGUGUUUUCCCAUGCAAAACAAGCAACUUCUUUACGCUGACAUGGUGCGUUUAGUCACCGCAGCCCUGUCCACAAUACUAAGAAGGGACAUGUCCCUAAAUAGACGCCUGUAUUCGUGGCUUCUCCAAAUCGAAUCACAAAACAUUCCUCUACUCCAAAUCGAUGGUGAACAAGCAGAUGAUAUUCCUACAGCCCAAACGCAUCCCAUCGCUUACGACUUACUCAAUGACGCAAUUAAAGAUAUCCUGAAAAAGACCAGCACCAAAGUACCAAUUGAAGUAAAAUCUUAUCGUCUAUUGACGUCGUUGUUCGAAAAACCGCAAAUUGGGCCAGUUAUUCUUGAUGGCAUCCUGUACGAUGUGUUUCGCACUUUGUAUUUGUCUUGUUUGAACAUGCAGAAGCAUCGGAAUCAAACGGGACGGUGUGUAUCGUUUAAUGGGGAUUUGAAAAGUCUCAAAGCGUAUGAUAUUGACUUGAAUAAGCAAUUUGUCAGCAAGAACUGCCAGGAGUUGGUGAAAAAUGCCAAUUUACUGUUCAACACCCUGCAAAGCUACUACUUAUGGUCCUACAUCGAGAAGCUCUAUGAAGAAGCAGUCGCGAAUAUAAAGCGCUACAAAUACAGAGACCGUUGCCAAGUGAAUGAUAUAGGAAGUGGAACACCUUAUAUUCUGGAAUUGUGCAUUCUCACCGAUUUUCUCUUGGACAUAAUCCCGAUAGAGUCGUAUGCGGACAGCACUUCAAGCAUUCUCCCAAAUCUGUUCAAUAAAAUUAUCAAAUCACUCAAUGCACAUGUGGGGGAAUUGAAUCACCAUGAAAUCUUCAAAAGCUUGGAAUUGUGCACGAAAAUUCUCGCGAAAAUUCAACCGACUACGAUGACCCAAAUUCAAAAGCAAAUAGAGGAAGAACGAAUUGCAGCUGAAUUAUUAGAAAAAUCUGCCUUAAAUCAAGGCAAAUGUGAAGAUGGGGAACCGAGAACAAUUGAGAAGAGCAAAUCGGACUCAAAGAUUAGCGAAAACCUAAACGGAUUCGCUGAUAAGCACGAGCUGACUGUGGAUGACUUGGCUAGAGAAAGGUCUUACAGCAACCAAUUUUCAAAGAAAAAAGACAAAUCCAGUCCCAAGAUAGAAAAAAAGUCAAAAAAUAAAAAAUCCAAAUCCAGCUCUAAAUUAUACGAGCUUAAGAACGACGACAAUGACCAGUCAAUAAGCUCGACCUCUGAAGUUGAAAUGCCCGAAACGUCGUCCAAAGAAAAUACGCCUCCUGCCCUAUCAGUGACAACAAAAUACGAGAACAAGCACUUUUUAAACUGUUUAGAGCAGUACAAGAAGUUCUUUGUCUCCUUUAUCAAGUGCAAGAUCUUGCCUGCUACAGUAAUUACAGAUUUUUUCGCAUCCCUCGUUUACGACAAGCAACAAAGGAGCAAAGACUUGCAAUUAUUACUAGAUCAGCGGCUUUCCAACGAAAAGCACCAAUUUACACCAGUGGACUACUCGAUGAAAAUUCAAAGCGAUUUAAAAGUUCCCAACAUCAGUUCGGACGAAAAUUCGAAUUAUGAACCUUCUAUGAGCAUAGCGGCUAAUAUUCUUUUGGAGUUUUGCACCUUUCCCAAUCUCCUGACCGAUUCGAACGAGAAGAAAAUUCACAGUUGGCUUGAAGCUCUGAUUGUGGUGGCCUGUUGCAAGGAAGCUUCCCGGGAAAUUCAGCUCACUGCCAUGAAUACACUCUUAGAAAUAUGCAGUCUAUCGAAGAAUCAAAAUUAUUUGAAACUGUACGAAAGUGAGAAAAAAAUUAUUAUAACUGGGAUUUUGGAGUAUGGGCAUGUCUAUUAUGUCGAGGAGAAUACGUUGAGCAUUGAGGAAAUGUCCAGAAUAUUGUGGACCCUUCUGGGGACAGUUAAAAACCAGAAGCAGCUAAUGGUUUGUGUGACCCUCCUAUACCAAAUCCAUAAUACGUUCGAUAACAAGCUUUUCGUUGAGAAUGUGAUUGGUCAAUGUCUGUCUGAUGAACAUGUGACUGCGUCCUACAUAAAACAGUUUUGUAUGCUGUGGCAUUUGGGUCGAGAUCUUACUAUCAAGCUGCCGCCAACUAAGAGCUGCACCAGAAGUUUCGACAGGUCCUUGUUAAAGCUCCUGGAUAUGUUGCAAUCUAAAGAAAAACCCGCUAUUCAGUUGCUCGCUAACUCCUUUCUAACUCACAGUCUGUUGCAGAGCGACAUUCCACGAAUACUGAAUCCCAUUUUAUUAAAACUGCUCGCUACUAACACAGCAAGGGUUUCAAUUAGACACGUGAACAUCCAGGAUGGAGACGUCCAAAACGAACAGACUGACCAAGACAAUCAGAAAUUGGAAGAAUCUCAAACAAAAAAAAUUUACGCGGUCAGCAACGUUAAUGGCAACGUGAUGUACCAUGUGACCGACAGUCCCAGACCGAAAUCGCCCAAAAAGAAGUGGUUUACUUUCUCGAAAACCGGAAAAAAAUAUGCAUCGGCUAUCAAUAUGGCAACCAUCCUGAUGGAAGACACCAACAGCAUCGUGACCAAGAAAAACAAGAACUUCAAAGAAUACACUGUAUUGCCCGUUUUAGACCCACAGGCGAAAGGAAAUGUUAAGUUAAUCAUCAACCCUCUAAGCGUCAAGGAAAUCUACCCGAUAGGGUUGGAAGGUUCAUAUGCUCGGAAGACUUCGCACAGCUCUUUAGAAAGUUUGUCGAGCAACGACAAUACUAUCAGUAAUGAUGAUUCAAUCGACAGGAAAAUAUACGGGAAAUCAGAAUCAUUGCCGGGUGAUCGUGAUAGUGGCUACGAUUCCUUGAACCAGCAAAGAAAACAGUCGGAAAUCCUCAGCGCUUUAGUGGACAAUGGCAAAAAGGCCCUUCUAGAGAGCAUGGAGCCGAUAUCGAAUGGAAUAAAAACAGUGAAACUGCCAAAAUCCCGAAGUUUUGACGAAAAAAGCAACAUCAAGCCAGACGAAAAUUCUCUGGUUCAAAGUUGGUCGUAUUGCAUCUCGGAUUCAGCUAAUUUACAUGGAGAACUCGAGCUGAGCAAGAGCGCAGAAGAGUUCUUUAGAGGCAAAGAUAAGGAAUAUGCAAUAGUGACGGGAAUUCUUAAUAAAAUUCUGGAUGAUGUAUGCCAGAAAGUAGAUGGCGAUAGUUUGGAUCCUGAUAUUCCACAUUUUUCAAGCAGACCAAGCGACCUGGACUUGAGAAAUAAAAUCAACACGUCCAAUUCAAAAAACUUUGUUUUAUACCCGAUACAUUCGCACAUAUGUUUAUACUAUGAGCUCUUUGAUUCGAAUCAAGUGAUGUAUGCUUUACAUACUCUGAAACAUUGCAUCCUGUGUAACCCGCAGCUUUUCAUUAAAUGCUCAGCCACCAGCGGGAUUAAGAACAUGAAAAAUAAUGACAUUCUCUACCUGUUAGCCAGGCACAGGAAAAGUCUUUUAGGACAAGGGUUUAAUGGCGAAUUGACCACCGAACAUAUCAACUUUUACAGAGGCUACAUGUUCUUGGAUGUCAUUUUAUCGGUGUGUCUGAACUAUGCUCGAACGUUUUUUCCAUUUUUGGACGACUCAAGUCCAAUGCCAGACGAAAUGGAAACCAACAUUAAAAUCCAAUUAGAGGCCUUAGACAUUUUGAACACGAUAGUAAAAAAUCUGAUCACGAUGAUCGAGGAAAACUGCAAUAAAGGAUUUUCUAGUUAUAUUGCUGAUCUGUUGGUCAAGUGUAAAAUACAGAAGACUUUACUGCACUGCUUGCUGACUUCUGUAAGAAAUUUCGACGAAGAUAUGACUUUUGCUGAGGAUAUUUUACUGUUUAAUAACUUUCAACUAUGCAACUCGGAAAACAGAAUGGGAGAACAUGUGGAGGCGUUCCAAAUCCAACUCUUAAGGUUAAUUCAUUCUUUGAUAAUACUGGAACACUCGGUGUUCCCUUCAACAAAACCGACAGAACAGGCAACGCCCGAACCUAGUGGAGGGUCCAUUAAUGGAGAACACCUUAAUUAUACGCCCACUGUUUUGAUACCCAAGCAAGCCAUUUUUCUAUCAGCUAUUUUAAGCGCGCUGAGGAACGAAAAUAUGCGAAGCAUGCAUGAGAAGUGGCUGAAUAUGGUUACUUGUUGUCUGCCAUAUUUCGGAGAUAAUUUGAAGCAAAUUUCCAUUAGUGUGAUUCAUCAGAUUUGCAACAAUAUCGAAGAAAUCGCCACAAACUACAAAAAAACCGAUUUAGAUGACUUUGAAUUAAGCGCCGACUACACAGUGACCCAACUAGAAUCUCUAACGAUUUUGUGCCAUUACUGUCUUUUGGAUGCUUCGCAAACAGUUAACCAAAACGUUCCUGCUUCCACAUCGACUUCCGCUGUCUCAAACCCGGGGGAAAUUCUAAAUAAUUUAGUAAAUGUGUUUUUCUCGCCGUUGAGUUCCGAUAUAAAUUUUUCCGCUAAACAAAACUCGGAUCAUUAUCAGAACGCCCGCAAAACCAUACUGAGUCACAUGCCAAGGAUUAUAUCCAGUGUGGCAAAGUUAUGGCAAACUGUUGUUGCAAUGGAGAUUGAGUUUAAUAGUGUUUAUGGCAACUCAAAGGUGGUAAAACAGCAACUUUUGGAAUUUUUGAGUCCAAUAGCUGUGCAUCAUGGGGCCAGUUUUCUGUCCGCAGUAGCGGUCGCUUGGUAUGAGCGAAGAAACCCAUUUACUAGUGUUAAAGCUGUGUUACCAGAACCUAACGCCGGCCAAAACAACCUAGUAUACCUAAUAUCCGCCAUUAGAGUAAUUCCCUUAGAUAAUUUAGUACAAACUGUGACUGCUGUGAUAAAACACCCUCCUCCUUGUGAAGGUCUUAGUUCCGAUAUUUGCCUAGACGUAUCAAUUUUAGAGUUAUUUUAUUGUUACAUGCGUAAUGCAUCCGCUACCCAACUCUCAGAAGCUUGGAGCUCCUUGUUGGCACUCAUCAGAGAAGUGAACGUUCUGAGUCCAUCUGCGCAGUUCUUAUUAGCAGCCAUCCUGCACGAAAUGAUGAUUAAGUGCUGCCCAUUAGAGGAGAAGAAAGACCAGAAGGAUCUUCAAGAUGUAACAACUAAGCUUAUCGACUGUGUGUCCCAAGUUUGCGGUUCCUGCCUCGAGCAGACCACUUGGCUGCGACGCAAUUUUGCUGUUCGCGAACAGGAUGAAGAUUCCACCCCUGAAAAUAGCAUAACAAACGGAGCUCCUUCGAGUGAUUUAAUUUACAACUCCAGUCAUAGCGUGCAAGCACAAUUAACAUUGUCAGAAAUCUUGGCCCCAAUCCUGGACAUUUGUUUUGGAUCAUCCGAAAAGGACAAAGUGAACAAUAUUCUGGCCUCUUUAAUGUGCAACAUCGUGCCCUAUCUUAAGACACACACAGUCAAGAAUAUGCACAGUUUUAACGCCUGUUCGAAACUUUUAUCCAGUCUAAGCAGCUACCAAUAUACUCGCAAAGCUUGGAAAAAGGACGUAUUUGACUUGCUCCUGGACAAUAGUCUCUUUCAGAUGGAUUAUGCCUGCUUGAAGUACUGGAGGAUAAUUGUAGAUAAUUUGAUGACUCAUGACAAUACGACAUUCAGGGAUUUGAUGAAUCGAGUAUCAAUGACCCAAAGUGGAACUUUGGGAAUAUUCUCUUCAAGGGAACAAGAGUAUGAGCAGAAGGCACAACUUUUGAAAAGACUGGCCUACGUAAUAUUCUGUAGUGAAAUUGACCAAUAUGCCAAGUAUAUGCCUGAAAUUCAAGAACAAUUAACUUCAAGCUUGAGACUGAACGUUCCUGGAAUCCAAGCCCAGGUUUUUAUGUGUUUCCGAGUUAUCCUGAUUCGAAUGAGCCCCAUGCAAGUGACCAGUCUUUGGCCAAUCAUAAUCAGUGAAAUGCUACAAGUAUUCCUACAGAUCGAACAGGAACUUAGUACCGACACCGAAGAAUUCAAGACAAAUAACAG